AGCACUCAUCUUGAAAUUUGUCCCCACUAUAUCACGCACUAUUUUCGCAUUGAGUUUGUAUAUCUCUUUCCCAUUCUUUACCCCAGCAUGUUCAAUUAUGUUUUACCAGAGGAUUAUUUCACGUGAUAGCAGUACUAAUUUUGGUGUAGGCUUCUUUUCACGAUGCCCGGAAAACAUGCCCCAAGAUGACUUUUAUUUCACGCGGCUAAAAGACCGGGAGUAGUAGAACUUCGUCUCGUCGGAACAGUUGAAUUCGUCUUCUAGGGUCUUUGCGGCCUUAUGGGUCAAGAGGAGGAGCCCGGUCGUGACUCCGCGGCCGAGGCGACCCGGAAGACGCAGUUCCGCGAGGAAAAGCUGGAGUCAGUACAGGAGUUCGAGACCGGGAAGAAAGUCGGCUUUCCGUCCACCAUCGUGGACGACGAGGAGAAGGAGAGGUAUCGCAAAACUGGGUAUCCCACCGACAUUCCUGCGAGUGAGGAGAAAAACGUGAAUUUCUCGCCCGACGCGGGAGACGAGGAGGACAAGGCAAAAUACCGAAAAACCGGGUUUCCACCUCCCGCACCCAUCGACGAAGACGACGAGGACGAGGCCGAGAACCCCUCCGAGGGCCGCAGUACGGUGUCAAGAAACACGGCUGCUGGAGGUGAGCAAGAGCCGUCUGGUGCUCCUCCUGCUGAAACGCGCAGGACGAAGUUCCGCGAGGAGAAGCUCGAGUCGGUGCAGGAGUUCGAGAAGCACGUGGGGUUCGACAAAGACGCCGGGGACGACGACGAGGGCAAGAAAAAAUACCGCAAAACCGGGAAGCCGGAACCAAGUCCUACGGACGACAGCGACGAGUACCACGUGGAGUUUGAUGUGGAAUCUUCGGGGGACGAAGAGGACAAGAAGAAAUAUAGAAAGACCGGCUUCGAGCGCAGUAACGACUACGACGUGCCCGACGACUGGACACGAGAGUCGGAAAUGGACAAGAAUACAACUCGAGACAGCACGGUCGCGGAAUACCCAGCAGAGGCGGUAGAAGAUGGUACUACUAGUAGUAAAUCAGCGACGACCUCCGCGACCGACGCCAAAGCCCCUUCUGCCUCCGAGAAAGUGCAAAGACCCGGAGCCGGUGUUGUCCGGAAAGCCAUGCAGUUUCGUGACGAGAAGAUCGAAUCCGUUCAGGAGUUCGAGAGCGGAAAGAAGGUUGUUGGAUUUUCCCCAGACGCGGGCGACGAGGAGGACAAGACGAAGUAUCGGAAAACUGGGUUCCCGAGUCCAGAGGAGCAGAGGGCGAUGGACGAGGACAAGACGGUAAAUUUUGCGGUGGACGCAGGAGAGGAGGAUGAGGAAAAAACCAAAUACCGAAAGACGGGAAAACCACAAUACAACCCGGACGAGGAUGACGAGGACGAUAGCACAAGUGAAGAAGAGACAGAGUUGAUCGUGCGCGACGAAAAUGGGUCCUUCAGUCGACAAUCUGCAGACUUGGAUGCCUUUCUCAACGGUAGUGACGCGCCACUGGAUAGCGCGGCCAAUAGUAAAGCGCACGAUAAGAAGAAGAAGAAGUCAACGGUAACUUUUCCGCAGGACGGGGUACAAGACAAAGCUUCGAAGGCUUACCGAAGAACCGCGCUGCCCGUACCCGCGGAACGCGACAGUCGCGCAUCUAGUCCGGACGACGGUGCGACGAGCAAAAGGACGUCAGGGUCUUCACUUGAUAGCAAUCCGCUGAGUGAUGUCGGAGACCACAGUGUCGGAGAGGAGAAUAAUUCAACCUUGAAAGUGGAUACCAGCACACCGACGCAGCAGAACAUGGUAAGUUUUGACGUCGCGGCCGCUGGGGAAGUUGAUGUGGAUCGUGAGGCGUAUCGGAAGACGCCUUUCGCCGCGCGGGCGAAAGUCGGGUUCGCGGUGAGCCAGAGCGAGGAGCAGGUCGACCACGAGAAGUUUCGAAAAACACCGUUUGCAACACCCGCGAAGGUCGGCUUUUCGGGCGACGCAGAGGCAAAUGAAGCGGAGGACAAGGCUAGGUACAGAAAAACGCCAAAGGUACCAAACGCACAGAAAAGCGAUCCUACGAAAAUUACGGACGAGGAGCCGAGGACUCCACCCGACACGCUGCUUCCCCCCGCGGUUGCGGGGGCGAGUGACGGGGUCGAGCAAACAGUGGGCACGUCGCUGUUGCAAAUGAUCAACCUGGAGCUGGCGAAGCAUGACGAGGCGCAACCCCAGGAACAAGACUCUUAUGAGGCUUACGUUCAGGCAAGACACGAGGCCAACAAGGAAUACUACGAUCAUGCGGAUCACGGAAGAAUAUCACUCGUCGUGGAGGACGGCACGCCGAGGCUCGGGGAAGGCACCACGCCGCGACCGCAGCCCGGAGACCCGUCCUCUCCGGCGUCAAGUAAAGAAACCAAGGGACGAUCAUCUGCGUACACACCAUUGCCCGAAGAUCCGAAGGAAGUCAAUGCAAAACCGUACAACCCAGACGACUAUCCGACGUUGCCACCGUUAGAUUUGGAUUUUUACAAGAAGCAGUCCUACUUCCGCGACAGCGCUAACGCGGAGCACGAGGACGCCUACGUGGACAGGCGGACCGUGCUGCAAGAGCUCGGAGACCACAUCACCGAAAUGCACAAGCAAAUCGGUUCGGACCACGUCCCCAUAAAGAUCUACUUUAAAGUGAAAGAGGCCGCGCAGCACUGGUUGCACAAAAUGCAUGCGGAGGAAGCGCUCAAGCAUAAGCAGCAAGCCACUUCUUCUCCGAGCGACGGCCCAACCGUCUCCAGCACAACUAUGGGCGGCGUCAGCAGUGGCACCAGUCCGGCGAGCCCUACGACAAGUGCAGGAGCGCCUUUGGUAAACAUAUCGGGACCGCGCAGCAAUGAGGCUAGGGAGGCGCUACUGGAGAAAGUUGCUGCGGAUCGCGAAAGUAGUCCACUACUAGCACAACAACAGCAAGAACCCACAGACCAGGAGGACGCCGAAUUGGCCAAGCGGUUGCAACAGCUGGUCGGGGAGCGCGGCGACAUCGCCAAAGCGAACACGGUCGGCGUGCCGCUCUGGGCGGCGCCAGUCUACCUGCCACGAAAUCCUUCGCGAAGCCGUUCCCUCCAGCGGGCCCCUUCCUCCGGAAAUUGGAGCUGGCCGGACCCACGAGGCCAAAGUACGCUGCUGGCUGCCAUGGGCCGCGAUAGUGGGCGCAACACUUCAUCUUCCCUGUGGAGCUGGCCCGACCCCAGAGGCAACUCCACCCUCCGCGACGCGGGAGAGUCAUUCCGAGCCAACUGGAGCUGGCCCGAUCCCCGCGGAAAUAGCACCUUCCGGGAAGCAAACGAGUGGGACUGGCCCGAUCCCAGAGGAAACAGCACACUGCGCGUGGCCGAGCAGAUGCAACAGCAACGCGAGCGAACUGUCCGGAUCCAGGAGCAGCAGAGGUUUACUACUCCUCGUAAAUCGCAACUGAAAUCUUCUGGCCAGGCACAACAAGCAACCACGACAAACGCGGUGCGCGCGGCGACCUACUACUUGCAGGAGGAGCAGGCCAGAAGAAACCGGGAGGAACUCGAGGACGAGGAGGACAGAAACCAAACCCACGCCCCACUGCUCAGCCUACAAAAUCGGGGGCGGUCGACGCUUGCGGCGAUUGAGGCGGCCGCGGCAUCCGGGCGGACUGGUUCGGCGACCAGUCCCGCGGUCAAACAGGCCAUCGAGGACGGAGUGCUCUCGAUGCUGCAGCACGAGGAGUUGCUGAAGCAAGACUUGGAUGACCAUGCUGACGGCUUGAAAACCGAUCUGUCGGCCUCCGCGGGCGACUUGAAGCGCGAUCUGCUCGUGGAGAGUGGCGCUCUGGGCGCCAGCUUGGAGAAACUCACCGAAGACCUGCAGCGCAGGAUCGCCUCGGUCCGGAGCUCCAGGUCGGACUCCCGGUCGAGAAGAGGACAACAGAAUGGGGAGACAAUAUAUGGCGGAGGAAGUGCUGUUUCAUCACAGAAAUUGAAGUCCGGUCGGAACAACGAGCAGGGAAUUCCGACCGUGUCACAGAUCCUUCGGGACGCCGCGGACAAAGUCGGCCGGGGAACCGACUUCACAACGGAAAGCUCCAUGUCUAGCAGCUCCAGUAGCGACGGCAGAACGAGGAACGAGAACAACGCCGACGCGGAUAACAAACAAAACGGGCAGCAGGACACAAUUAGCGGAACGACAACCGCAGCUGCGCUAGGCGCUUCGACGGCACGGGAACAAGCUAUUCGCAAGGUGGAGCUCAUGGAACAGCGGUUCUCUUCCGCCAGUAAAGAGGACGCGGCGCGACAGCCAUCACGCAGCGGACAGGAGUCGUCAAGCAAAGGUAAGUUUCUGAUAGGUGUACAUAGUUAGUCGUGUAGUUCGGUCUAGUACUGUUUUCGUGUGCAUGCCGCUUUGUGCUGCUGCGCAUAGAAGCAAACGGAUAAGGGCUAAGCGGUUACAAAACAUCAUUUUAUUAUGAUCUUCUUCACUCGACAGGUUCCAUAUCGAACGGCGGAGCAAACAAUAUCGACGACGCAGCAGAGCAUCUCGACUUCUUAAACGCCUACUUGUCCCGGGUGGGUCGCAUCAACAAAAUACGCACGCAGCAGCGAGCGCGUUCGGUGGGGAGCGGCUCUAGCCGGGCAGCUGCCGUGCGCGCGGAGGGCGAAACGAAAGAGAAGGACGCGAUCUACCGAAGAAGACAGGAGGCAACCGCCGUUUACGCAGACGUGGCCGGGAAAUUGUCAAAGGUGACGGACGGCCUCGACGACGACGAUCCCGCAGUGGCCAAAAUACAAGAGCGGCUACUAGUUCUCCAGAAGGAUCUCGUCCUGGAACGCAUGGCCCACAUGGAACGCGGCAAGUUCGAGAAACAAGCGGCAUCGGUAUAGCGAAAUUUCUUUCUUCCACACUGAUUUUCAUAUUUUUAUAUCGCUUCAAGUAGAACUAGUUCGUAGAAGAUGGGACUCUUCAUGCUUUGAUGGAUUGAAGGACUGCGCGAAUCAUGUGAAACCCACAAAAACCUGCACAACAGGCAUCAGCACACCUAGUGUUGGAUUCGUUGACUCGUGAGUCAAAGAAGCACGGAAGUAGGCUGCAGUUGGGCUCACAAUUUGGUGUUGCUGUGAAGCAUGCGAACGGUCGUGUCUCUGUGCACCGUCCUGCGCCAAGUCGCCCUUCGAAGGGAAGCACAUAGAACUCGCUUCAUGAGUGGAAUACUGGGCUUCACGAGAUUUUUUCUAGCUUAAUAUCUUUCAACUUUUUAUUCAGUAGAGCCGUAAACUAAUACAAGUACGCAAAAUUUUAGACAAUUUAUACUACGCAAAAUUUGAUGGUGCGGACGAGCCUGCUCUCGAACGCAUAAUCAGUCUAGUUCAACAUUUUUUCCCGCGCAACGCACUUCGUAAACGCAACGCAAUUCGAGGAAGUCCCCUUUCCUCUGCUGAUUUUUCAACGACAACUCGCGCAUUACGAACGUUCGUCUUCGUUUACUUGAUUUUC